UACAAAUUCAUAGUUUCUGGCCACAUUUAACUUAAAAUUAUAUAUAUUUUUGAUUUCUGUAAAUUUCUGUAAAUAUGUUUCGACAAAAUUUAAAACAUUUAAAUUGUUUAAGCGUCUUGGGCUUUUCCAAGGAAAAGAAAAAACCAAGUCCAAGUCCGUUUACCUUAAGGGAAAAUACCGCGACAAUUAUUAAGCCGAGAACAUUACCAUUGGAUGCUUAUCUCUCGAAGUUAUCUUUGAAAUAUAUGUUCCUUGGAGACCAACGAAGUGAUCUUGUUCCAAACGCAAUCAAUACUAAAGCGACUGUUGUACCAAAUUUUAGCACGGUUGAGAAAGAGUUAGCUGAGAUCAUGAAUCUUAUCAAUCACGUCACCAAACCAGAUGAAUGUUGGAAACUGUAUCAAGCGUUGUAUAAAUCAAAUCAACUUAAUAAGGAAAAGAAACCGAGAAAUAUGUGCAAAACAUUAAAAAUAUCCUUAUUCCAGAUACAGUGUAAUACAUUUGAAAGAAUAAACAAAAGGAAUAUUAUGGUUCCUUUUCGUUUUCCAAAUGUACCAAACAAGAUACCAAACAAAUAUGAUUUGGAAGAUAAGCAAUCGCAUACAUUGGAGACCUAUAGAUCACUGUCGCAAAAGAGCAAGAAGAUAUCAGCACCACUUAACACUAUGGUUAUUGCUGUUAAUGAAGGUCAAGUUAAGGACAAAGAUGAUGAAUCUACGAAGAAUAAGGAACCUUCCAAAUGUACAUUACUAAGUAGUGACGACGCGGUUUGUUAUCUCAUGUUUCUUUAGAAAUCAAGCAAAAAGGCAAUAGUUCCCCUAUUGGAGGUAUUCGGUAUCUCUAGAAUAAUGUUUUCUUUAUUACCAGCCAUAUUGAGUAACUGGAAAGAAGGGGAGCUCAAAUCAUAUUUCCAAAACCUAUGUCAGAUUCAUGUUUUCAUGCAUUCUCAAUAGCAAAAGGAGGGAAUUGGCAACGAUGCGGUGUUCAUGAUUGUGAUUACAACAUGUCAUUUGGAAAUGAAAAUUCAUCUUGGAUUCCAGUAGUGAAUAGACGUUAUUUUUGUAUUCAAAUCCCAUAAAGUAUAUUAAAUUGUUUGUAGUGAAAUUAUGAAAUUCGGAUUCCACUAAUAAAGUUUUCCAUACGACAUACAAACUUACUGAAA